CCUUUCGCGCCUCUCUUCCUGCACGGUCACUUCCACGCAAAUCAAUGGGUUUGUCCCCUGCUACAGGUCAUUGCCACUCUGUAUCCGGUCCCAAAGACUCAAACCCUCGUACGACCCGGUCUCAAUUCCCUUUUUGUCUGCAUUUUCCUUUUGUGUGACAAUGGUCCUGCCAGCAUGCCCGCAUGCCCGGGGUCUUGUACGUGUGCGACAGCGUCCAUUUCCCCGAAGCAGGCCCAGCAACGUACACCCUGCAACCGCAUUUCUCGAUCGAACCCCGGAAGAGGCGAACAAUGAGUCCACCGCCACCGGUCCGCCCGUGCAUCAAGCUCAUUGUUCCCCUCCGAGCUGCCAUCACCGAUCAGCCACGCCCGUCGCGGUAUAUAAUGCACGCAGACCCAGCCUACACUCCUCAGUUUCAUUCUCGCCCUCUUCCUGCCCAGUGCAGCUUACGACCCAGUCUCUUACCCUUCAGCACACGACACUCGACAGCCCGCUAGCCGCGCUGCUCCUACUACUCUUUACUUCACGCACAUUCACUCAACUCUAGACGAGACCAUUCAUUCACGAUGAUCGCCGGACUCUCGAAGGCCAUCACCCU